UAAAGCGAAAUCUAAAAACAUAAUAUUAGAAGAUAAUAACUUGCGAUUUGUUAAAACUGAGUUUUAAAGAAUUUAUCGAAAAAAUAUGUAUAUAUGUGAAUUAAUAUCAAUUCGAUUAACACAUCAGAAUUAGUAGAGUGAGAAAAACAAGUAAUUGAGGAUUGAACGGAAACUGAUUGAGUGCAAACGUUGAUCAAAAAUGCAAAUUAUGUUUGGAACAAUUUUAUGUGUUUUAUUGAAAGGUUUAAUAUUGACAAAGGCAACUAUCACGCCGAAGGAUGAUAACAGUUCAAACAUCCUUCAGGAAGAAAGUAUUUCCAUGUAUUCGGAUUUAAAUUUUACGCAGAUACCGAAAUAAUAAAGAAGAAUCCGAGUGAACAAGCGGUCGUAUAUUAAGAGCGGUUGAACAAAGCGAUUUGAGCGAAGCGGUUUUUUACGGAGAAAGCGGUUUUGUGAAAAGUGCGAGACUGCGACUGUGUGGGAUCCACGCGCUGGGCCCAUUAUAUAUCGAACUCGAUUUUGGGCCCCGUUGCGACGUGGACCAAUUAAUUUCAGAAUUUGGCAGUGAUCUCAGGGCGCCGCUCGUAAUUGGCCGCCGAUGAGGAUAUUUCAAUGUUCGAGAAAAAUAAUCAUCAUAUACUAAAUUUCAAAUCUGACCGGAGUCAUUCUGAUAGUAUUGUGAGAAAUGAGCGAGAAGUCGAUGAAGUUACAUUUGCAAAUAUUUCUAUCAUCCCAGAAUCUAUCGAAAGCAGUUUAAACAAGCCAACAUCUCUCAGAGCAUUUGUACAAUUCGACAGUCAAUUCACAGGAAAAGUAAAUGACAUUUUUGUGACAUUGAGAUGGAACCAACCUAAGUUUAGCGGUGAAAUAAUACAAGGGUAUACAGUGCAAUGUUUGAUUAUGGAGGACUUAAAAGAGAUUCAAAUCUGUGAGGAUAAAAAUAUCACAACUACAGAAUUGGAGCACACGAUUCAUAAUCUAACAUUUAACACGACAUAUUAUUUUCGAGUACGUGCGCAUACUAAAAUUGUUGCUGGACCUUAUACGGAUUUAAUCAAUGUGUCGACUACACAUGAAAAUCCAAUACCUAAAUUAUUAUUAACAACGUAUCUAGGUAUCCAAAUAUGGGACGUGGAUUUAAACACUAUUACUAAUUUUGAAAUGUCGCCACAACCAGAAUUAAUAGAUGUCGUUUAUUCGAUAUCAGAAUAUAGAAUUUAUUGGAUAACCCGAAGAGACCUAAUGACAUUGAAGAUUAAUGAAAAUAUUAUCACAAAAAUAUAUAGCUUUGAUCAUGAUUUACAUGAUCUCUGCAUUGACUGGGUAGCAAGAAAUCUAUAUUUGACCUAUCAAGAGUCAGACUACUCUUACAUUGUAAAGUUCGACUUAACAAUAUGGGAAAAUGGCAUAAUUAAAUUUGAUAAGAUUUUCAAAACAAAAAUUGUGUUUGUCUAUUUAACUGUAUUACCGUCUAUGGGAAUUUCAUAUUUCAUAUCAUACAAUUGGAUGGCUAAAAGAUAUGGUAUAAUAAAAUAUCAUCUCGAUAGUAAAAACGAGCAAAUUGUUGAGAUAAAUACUUCCGCUUAUCACUUAUUUUAUUAUACAAAUGAUGAUAAUAAUAUGAUAAUUGAUAACAUGAAUAAUGAAGAGCCAUUAAUUUACUGGUUAAGUGAUUGGAGUAUAAUUAUAUCAGACAUUGAUCUUUCUAUGUUCACUAUAAUUUUACGGAGAGACAGUAAUAACAUCAAAUUCCAAUCUAUGACGAUUGACAAAACAAACAUUUACAUUUUAGCACAUGAUAAUUCAGCAUAUUAUUAUUCUCAGUCUGAAUAUACACUCUACGUUGUGAAAAAGAAAUAUGCAAGUCUCAAGAGCUUCUCAACAGCAAAAUAUGUUAAAAAGAUACCAAUAAGCUCAGAUAAAAAUAUGUUUUAUAAAAAAAUUUAUGCUUUUGAUAAAUCUUCACAACCAUAUCCUCCAAUGAGAUGCCUGACACCUGACGAAAAAGUUUAUAAUUUUGAGAAUGUGACUGCAACGACAGACAGCAUCAUUGUAUAUCUUCCAGAGCCAGUUGUAAAGAGUGGAUGCAAAAAAUAUAAUUUACCAACUACUAUAUAUACUAUCUCCGUAAGCUGUUUAAACAACAAUCUUAACAAGUCUGAAAAAUUCACUGUGCUGACAGGCGAGCGAAAUUACAAGAUUCAGAACUUAGCACCAUUUACAGAGUACAAGUUGAAGUUUACUUUAAGCAAUUUUUACUUUGAUCAAUUAUCAAUAAAUCCAUUCGAUUCGAAUGUGAUACCAAUAAAAACUUUGGGUAAACUUAAUGCACCAGAAGACAUAAGUGUUCUAGCUUUGACGCCUACUAUAGCAGUAGUUCAUUGGAUGCCACCCAAAAAAUUGAACUUCAUGGUUGUGACCUACGAAGUGCAUUGGAUGUUAGUGAACGACACGCAACAAGAGAAUAAACAAUUUAUCAAUGUGCCGAAACGUAUGGCAGACGGCAGAUUUUUCACAAAGAUUAACUUGUCGCUACCAGUACAAGAUUACUUGAUAUACGUGCGUGUGUAUCCAAUUAAUUUCAGCGAUUUUUACAACGAGAGUAAAAGAAAGAUCGAUUUCAUAUACUCAGAACCAAACAAUAUUACUAUGAGCGAGGCCAACAUAAAUAGCAUGGACAUUUCAUGGAUCUCAAACAUUAAUCUGACGAUCUUUUUUACACUACAGUACAAAGAUAUUGCAGCAGAAGAGUGGCAAGCAAUUAAUUGUAUUAAAAUAAAUUAUAACGAAGAAAUAAUAUAUCAUAUCAAAAAUUUACAAUCGGGAACUUUAUACCAGUUUCGCUUGAUAUUGAGAUAUCCUGAAUAUGACGAAACUUUUACAUGGCCGGCUGAUGAAAGAUUUAUUUUUUCAACACAUGAUAUUUCGGACACUUCUGGAAUAAUAACGGAAAAUUAUUACUUAUUAUUGAUGUUAGGUUAUAUCGUUAUAGUUAUUAUAAUCUGUUUCUGCUACAUUUAUCGUUUGUGUCGUCAACACAGAGGUAAUAAUGAACAAUUUCUGUCUUCAACAAUGAUCGAUACAGAAAUGGAGAUUCUAUAUAAAGAAUCCUGCCGAAAUACUAAAUUCGAUAUGAUUUACAGUCCUAUGUUACAUUAUAAUCCGGAUGAAUGUGCGAUAACUAAAAUCGCACGUAAACAAAUUACAUUUACAAAACUUAUUGGUAGUGGCGCAUUCGGACCGGUGUUUCAAGGAAAGGUGAAGAACUUAGAAGGAUCGGGCACAGAGAUAUCCGUUGCAAUAAAAACGCUUCGGAAAAAUGCUUCUUCCCAUGAGAAAAAAAAAUUGUUAAAGGAAGCCAAGCUUAUGAAUCAUUUUCGACACAAACAUAUAUUAAGAUUAUUGGCCGUUUGUUUAGAUGAAGAUUCUCCAUUACUAGUGUUCGAAUUGAUGGAAACUGAUGAUCUGUUAAAAUAUUUGAGAGAUUGUCGAAAUUUAGAAGCGUCAGAUUCGCAUGCUCUGCGUUUGCAGGAUUUGCUCGCCAUGUGCGAAGAUGUUGCGCGAGGUUGUUGCUACUUGGAAGAGUUGCGCUUCGUGCAUAGAGAUCUAGCGUGUCGCAAUUGUUUAGUAUCUUCGAGAAAUCGCGAGAAUCGUGUCAUCAAAAUUGGAGAUUUUCGACUAGCUAGAGAUAUUUACAAGGAUUGUUAUUAUAGCAUGAGAGGAGAAGAUUUGUUUCCUGUUCGCUGGAUGGCACCCGAAUCUUUGAUCUUCGAAAUAUUUUCUUCUCAAAGUGAUGUUUGGUCAUUUGGUGUUUUAAUGUGGGAAAUUACAUCAUUGGGUGAGCAACCUUAUAUUGCCAAGACUAAUGAAGAAGUGAUAAAUUAUGUACGUGCUGGAGGCAGGUUGCCGAUAACUCUUAACUGUCCGUCAAUAUUGUACCAGUUGAUGCUACGUUGCUGGAAUACAGCGGAUACUAGACCAAAUUUCGAAUUUUGUCUGAACAAUAUUAUAGCAUUAAGAGAGAACAUUGAAGAUGCUUUACUGAAACCAGUCGAUACUAUUUAGCCGAUAUUAUAAUUAAAUUAAUGUUUAUUUUCCAAAUGAUCUAAUAAAUCUUACUG